AUGCUUUCCUAUUUAAAACACGUUUCUUCUCAGAUUUCAGAAAAGCGAAUAAAAUUGGAUGAUUUAAAAGACGUUUCAGAUAUUGAAUUGCUCAGUGUUCGGCAAAUUAAAGAUAUAUUGACAAACAAUUUCGUAAAUUAUAAAGGUUGCUGUGAAAAGUCUGAACUGUCAAACAUGGUUGCAAAUUUAUUCCUGGAACAUGCAAAAAAUAAAUCAAGUACCUUCUUUUUUGUGAUUGAAAUUUACAUAGAAGAAAUAAAGCUUGAUGAAAUAUCAUCUGAUGACCUGUGCAAGGUAUGCAUGGAGAACGUGAUAGAUUGCGUAUUACUGGAGUGCGGGCACAUGGCAGUUUGUAAAUAUUGUGGGAAACAGAUGGCUGAAUGUCCCAUUUGCAGAAAAUAUGUUUCUAGGGUUGUUCAUAUAUUCAGAGCCUGA